AUGAGAAUAAAGUAUAUGAUUAUUGGAUUGGCUAGUUUACCAAUAAUUUUAGUAUUCACUAUUGCAAUUAUGAGUUAGUAUGUAGCUCUGAUUUACUUAAACGAUUACAACAAUUAGAUUUAAAAUAAUUUAUUCUUAACUUAAAUUAUGUUUAGCUAAAUAUUUAGCUAAUAAAUUUCUUUCUAACUUAGCUAAGAGCUAUAAAAAAUUCCUAUAAAUGUUAGAACUCUGAAUUAGUAUCUAGCUAAACUCAUCCAAGGGUAGGUCAAAUCUAAUCCUAAACAUAAAUCCUCUAUGGUUCCCAUAUAACAGCUCCAUGAUAACCAAGCUGAUCCAUAAAUAUUGAAAAUGUUUAAGAGAAGCCGUAUUCUAGUUAAUUGCUGGUUUUAGUCAAAUUAUAGUACUGUAAGCUAAAUGGAUUAAAUAGGCUAACAAAAACUUAAAAUAUUGGAUUAAUACCAUGCUCUUUCAAGAGCUUUUUAAUACCAAGAUAUCUAAAGAAGUAGAAUAAAUUAAAAAACUUUAGCUAUAAGUGAUUUCUUUGAAGCCUUUUAAUAUGAAGGGAUAUUUUCUAUUACUGGAGUUAAUUCUACUUUAAAAGUUUCACAUAAAGCUCCAAGUUGUAUUGCUGGGAAUGAUGUUCGAUGUCGAUAUUGGUAUACUUAAACUGCUUAGUAGGAAUCUGUAUAGAUAUAUCCACCUAGCUUGAUUUACGGAUAUUCUCCUCCUUAUUUAUCUACAUUAUCAUGUUAAAGGAUUAUGCUAUUUAACUAAACUACAUAGUAAGAAGAUUUAUAAAGCGUGAUUUGCUCAGGAUUAUAUUUUAAUCAAACUCAAAAUUAUUUCUAGAACUUUGCAAGCUCAACAGAAUAAGUUUACUUUUUAGAACCUAGAAGUUAAAUUCUUUUAUAUGAUUCUAAAUAGCCUUUGGGUAUGACUAGUAUUGAAACUUUAAAUAAUUCUGAAUUUCAGUACUUGUAAUCACAAAAUGAAGCUAUUAAGUUUAACAAUACUCUUAAUCAGAAUUAUGUUAAUUCUAUUUUCAAAAAUGUUAGCAAUCUAAUAACAGAAUAUUUAGAUGAAGCUAAUUCUUUUAGUCAAACCUUUUCAUAUGAUAGAAAUGGUACAAAAACAAUAGUGAUUUUGAAUCCUGUUUAGAUUAUUGAUAAGAGCCCUUAACUUUAAAAUCUUCAAAAUAAUAAAAAAUUUAGCCAUUAUUUAAUUAAAUUUCCAUAUGUGCAGGUUAAUAUUAUCUCAAAUGAAAAUUUAAGAAUUCACGCAUCGAAAAUAGAAAAUUUUUUUAAAAAUUACUUUUUAGCAUUCAACAUAUCAUUUGGAAUUCUCGGCUUAAUAUCCAUUUUAGUCAUCAUAUACUACACAUCUAAAAUUAAGAAAAUUUUUUAUACUUCAAUUGACUAAUUAACAGAUAUUUUAAUCAAAAUGAAUGACAAAAAAUUAUCAUCAAGCAUAUUCGAUAUUAUUUCCGCAGACUAAUAAUUAUCUUUAGAUGCAAGCUAAUUGUAUGACAGUUUCAAGUAGAUUUAUUAAAUUAUGCUUUAUUCUUCAGAAGAUUUUUAUAAUUAAAAUGAUACUGAGCAGUUAUUGAAAUUAAAUGAGAAUAUUGAAUUUUUCAAAUAGUUUGGAAAUAUAAAAGCAGUAGGUAUUACUUAUAAUAACAUAGGUUCAAUAUUACUAAAACAGGAGCACUACUUUCAAGCUUUAGAAAAUUUUUAAUCUUCAAUAAUUUAUGCUAGAUAUGAAAUUCAAGAGUUUUUAAAUUUACAUCCAAGUUUCACAUUAUUUGACGUUCUCUAAAGUUUCAGCUACUUUUAAUUAGAACAGUAAGAGUGCAACUAAGAAAUUGAUUAACUAAUUACUUUUUUAUAUAAAAAUUAAACAGAAAAAUAAAGGCAAGACUUAUUAUGA